UCAAACCCUAAACCCAAUUCACAGAUUUUCCAUUUUCCCUCCGUUUACAGGGAACCAAACAGGCCCUCUCACUCCCCUUGCUUCCCAUUUCUCCCACACACUUUCCACUUUCUCUCCCAUUCUUUUCCUUUCCUUCACAGCAAGAAAAUAAAAUGAUCCUCCUUUACAGACAUUCAUCAAAUAAAUCAAUAAUUAAACAUCACUUUUCCCCAUCUCCAUAUUAGGGUUAGGGUUAGGGUUUCCCUCACCAUGGAUUUCAUCGAAUUGGAAGCCAUCGAAGGCCUCCGCUGGUCCUGGAAUUCAUGGCCGGCAUCCAAACCCGAAUGUUCAGCCUUAAUCGUCCCUCUCAGCGUCAUGUGCACGCCAUUGAUGCAGUCCUCCGAGCUCCCAAUCCUCACGUACGACCCUCUUCUCUGCUCCCAAUGCGCCGCCGUUUUGAACCCCUACGCCCGGGUCGACUACUCCUCUCGCACCUGGUACUGCCCCUUCUGCUACGCCAAGAACCCAUUUCCUCGCUCCUACUCCGGCAUCGGCGAGACUAACCUCCCCGCCGAGCUUUUUCCGACAUACAGCACUGUGGAGUACGCGCCGGGCCGGAAAAUCCAGAGCCCGCGUGGGAAUCCGGGUGGUCCAAGUUUGAAUUCCAAGCAUAAUUGGGCAAACGGGUUGUCUUCGACGUCGUUGGCGUCGAUGGCGUCGUUUUCUUCGUCGUCGUUGUCAUCUUUGGGUGGUGAUUUGCGAGGGGUGGGACCGGCGUUUGUGUUCGUCGUGGACGCCUCUACGGCCGAGGAGGAGCUCCGGGCGCUGAAGAAUGAGUUGCUGCUCGUGGUGGAGCAGUUGCCGGAGAACGCGUUGGUGGGUUUGAUCACCUUUGACUCGAUGGUUUGUGUCCAUGAUCUUGGAUUCUCGGAAUGUUCGAGGGUUGUGUUGUUUCACGGCGAUCGCGAGCUUUCUUCGGAGCAGACCCAACAGUUUCUGGGUGUUACUCACACAAAGCAACAGUAUCUUGGAAAGGCACCAGUUAUCCAAAAGCAGGGUUUUUUGCUACCAGUAUCCGAAUGUGAGUUCAAUAUUACUACUACAAUGGAAGAGAUCCAUUCAUCAGUGCGGGCCAUGCCUGGGCAUCGCCCUCUAAGGUGCACAGGAACUGCAAUAUUAGCUGCAGUUGGACUUCUAGAAGGAUGCUUAGUAAAUACAGGCUCCCGAAUCAUGGUCUUCACAUCUGGACCUGCAACUCGAGGCCCGGGGAUUGUUGUAGACACUGAUCUUAGGAAUGCCAUCAGAAAUCAUCGGGAUCUUGUUAAUGGUCAAGCACCUUACUAUAAUAAAUCUAGCAGCUUCUACAAGCGAGUAUCACAGAGAUUAUCUGAUGCAUCUAUUGUUCUUGAUGUGUUUGCUUUUUCUCUUGAUCAAGUUGGAGCUGCAGAGCUAAAAGGCCCUGUUGAGAGCUCGGGUGGAUUCAUGAUGCUAGGAGACUCAUUCGAGUCAAGUCAAUUUAGAAAAUGUUUGAGGCAUAUUUUUAAUCGUGAUGAGGAGGGAAACUUGAAGAUGUAUUUUGAUGCAACUAUUGAGAUAGUGACCACAAAGGAUGUAAAAAUCUGUGGAGCCCUUGGGCCAUGUAUAUCUCUCCAGAGAAAGAACAAUUUAGUGAGUAACAAUGAGAUUGGGGAGGGUGGUACCUAUAUGUGGAAGUUGGGUACACUCAGUAGUAAAACAUGCUUUGCUUUUUUCUUCCAAGUGAGUGAUGAGCAGAAGGUCCAACCUGGAUCUGCAUUCUCCAUACAGUUCAUAACACGAUAUCGACAUGGGAACAUGGGAAUCCGGAAAAGAGUUACAACUGCUGCAAGAAGAUGGGUUGGAAGCCAAUCACCAGAAAUUGCUGCUGGGUUUGAUCAAGAAGCAGCAGCGUCAGUGAUGGCAAGACUUGCUAUAGACCGGGCAGAAAAGUGUCAAGCUCGAGAUGUUAUCAGAUGGCUGGAUGACGGGCUGGUCCGUUUUGCUUCUAAGUUUGGAGACUAUGUCCAGGAAGAUCCUUCAUCCUUCCGCCUUUCAUCUAACUUCUCACUUUAUCCACAGUUCAUGUACUACUUAAGGAGGUCCCAGUUUAUUGAUGUAUUUAACAGUACUCCUGAUGAAACUGCUUUCUUCCGGCUGAUGCUGAACCGUGAGGGGGUGGUGGGUUCGCUGAUCAUGAUCCAGCCUACACUUCUCGAAUAUUCCUUCGAUGGGCCACCUAUUCCAGUUCUCUUAGACGUUCGCUCCAUUUCUCCUGAUGUUAUUUUGCUCUUUGAUUCUUAUUUCCAUGUGGUUAUUCAUUAUGGGUCCAAGAUUGCUCGGUGGAGGAAGCUUGGUUAUGACAAGGACCCAAACCAUGAGAAUCUAAGAAAGCUGUUGGAAGCUCCAGAGCUGGAUGCGGAGCUGCUUGUAGCUGAAAGAAUUCCGGCACCCAAGAUUAUAAAAUGUGAUCAGCAUGGCAGUCAGGCAAGGUUUCUUCUAGCCAAGUUGAACCCAUCUGUUACUCACAAUUCAACAUACACGCAUGGCUCAGAUAUUAUUUUCACCGAUGAUCUGAGCUUGCAGGUUUUUAUAGAUCACUUGCAGGCCCUGGCAGUGCAGGGCUGAUCAAGAGGGCCACUUUAUAGAGUUUUUGUUUUUUUCUUUAGUUAUACGAAAAGGAAUAACUGUAUAUAGCUUUCAAGAGAAAAGGUUUGUAGUUGUUUUUACCAGCAAUAGGUGAUUCCCACGCUUGAUUAUGAGGCUUGUUUUUUUGUAUUUAUUUUCUGUCAUUUUCUUAUUAUUUUUCGUGUAAUCAGAAUAGUUGUUUUAUUUCUCCUUUAAUGCUAAGCAUCAUCAAUGAUAGUUGUUCAUCAAACCAACGGUACGGAUGAAAGAUGUAUGUGUAUUAACUGUUGAAU